AUGUCUCUUCCGCCUGAAUUGUGGAUAGAGAUUAUCAAACUCGCGACGUCUGUGCCGUCCGAGUUGAACACGAAUGCUGCAUCCUUGUUCGAACGAUGUACACAUUCUGAAGCGCAUCGUAUGCGCUCAAAGAUUCUCCCAACACGCCGAGCCCUCUCGCGCGUAUCACGCAGUUUUCACGCAAUGGCGAAUCCAUUUUUAUACCAGAGCAUUCUCAUCCAGCGCGGAGGGUGCUUACGAAGACUUGCUCAUACAUUACGCGUCACCGCAGACGCGGACAAAGAGGCUGGAACUGCUCACGACCAUGGGGGUCGAGGUCAUGGGCGAUGGGUCAAGCGAUUCGACGUCGAUUUCAAGAAGGUUCGACAUUGGAGGAAAAUUCCCCAUGAAGAAAUCUUUUGGAUAUUAUCAAAUAUGCCCAACCUGGAAGCCUUUGUGGCGUUUGGGCGAGACGCUCCCCAGGUUCGAGGAGCCAUGUUCGAGCUCAUCAGCACACAACCACUCUCGGACACGCUCAUCACUUAUUUUCCCAAUCCACUCGCUUCCGAGUAUUCCUCAUAUGAGGAAGAUAUCGAGUCGACGAAGUCAUAUGGCUUUAAAGACCCCACACAAGCUCGCCACCUUCGUGCCAUUACGGCCUCGGAUUCGUGGCUCCGUCCACGCAUGGCAUCAGAUCCUGCCUAUUUUCCAAAAUUAACGACUAUGCACGUAUAUAGUUCCAUCAACCCGGAGCUAGUCAAGACCCACGGGUACAAAAUCACAACGCUCGAUCUCGAGGGUUGUCCAUGGAGGAUGAUUGCGCAGUAUAUUCAUCACAUGCCGAAUCUCGCAAGCAUCCUCAUAGACCUUAUUCACGCUCAACCUGUGACCACGACCGUCGCUUUUGCUCUUCCCAACGGGUUUGUCCUAGGGAGCGAGUUUCAAAUCAGGACGGUACGCCGCGUUGGUUUGCUCGUGAAUGCUGGACAGGCGCCUAUUAGCACCUACAAUAGCGCCUUUGAAUUUCUGCCCAAGCUGUUUCCAAAUGUCAAAAUCAUACGCUUGUUGGAGAGGGAUAUCAUCGACCAGCUGGUUCGUCUCCCACAGAGAGUCAAACGCUGGCAUAGUACAUUAGGAGAACGGAACAUCAGACUGGAGAGGGAGGAUGGAGAACUAUUGAUCCACGAUUGCCGUGACUCACAAGGUCAACGUCGAGGCAAUUAG